GCAGCAUAACCUACAGUAAUAACCAGCAGACGCUCGGAGACAUGGAGCCGCGCGGAGACCGACGCUCCGCUUAACCUGCGAUUGCACAAGACAAGCCAAGCAAGAUGGAUUACAAAUAUGACACCGGACUGGAACUUUUACUGGCUCAUAUGAAUGUAGAGGAUAUUAUCAACGCAGCAGAGACUCUCUAUCGGCUGGAGGAAGAGGAGGAAGAGGAGGAGCGGGGCUCAUCCUUUGAUGAAGAAGGACUCUCCCAGGAAGAGAUGGAUGAGAACGAAGAGGCAGGGGAGAUGGGGGCUUUGGAGGAGCAUGAGAAGGACUGCAGUGACGGGGUCAGGGGCGUCCAGUACGGGACGGUGCCAGACCUCCUCUCCUUUGUCAAUCUCCUGUCCAACAUGCAGGCGACGCCCGUGCAGCCGCAGCCCCAGGAGAUGGGAGUUCUCCUCAACAAGAAGGGCAUGGCUGUGAAAAAGGGCAGAUACCAGAUCAACAUGGAUGUACUCUUGUUCCCUUGGAAAUUGACCUACAAGGAUCGUGGCUGUGGCCUCGUGCCCAAGGGCUCGUUUGGGAAAGUCCACUUGGCUCAGGACAUCGCCACCAGGAAGAGAAUGGCCUGCAAACUGAUCCCAUUAGAGAACUUCAAAGCCGCCGACGUGGAGUUCCAGGCCCGCUUCCGACACGAUAACAUCGCCGAGCUCUACGGGGCCGUGCUCUGGGAACAAAGUGUCUACCUUUUCAUGGAACCGGGCGAGGGAGGCUCGGUCCUGGAGAAACUGGACAGCUGUGGACCCAUGAGGGAGUUUGAGAUCAUCUGGGUGGCCAAGCAAGUCCUGCGAGGCCUGGAAUACCUGCACUCCCACAACGUCAUCCACCACGACAUUAAACCCAGUAAUAUUGUCCUGAUGUCGGACAAGGCGGUGCUGGUGGACUUCGGACUGGCCGUGCAGAUGACCGAGGACACGUACACUCCCCGAGACCUCAGAGGGACAGAGAUGUACAUGAGUCCAGAGCUGGUUCUGUGCCGAGGACACAGCACUAAGACGGACAUCUACAGCCUGGGCACCACCAUCAUCCACAUGCAGACGGCCAGCCCCCCCUGGGUCAGGCGGUACCCACGCACCUCCUACCCCUCCUACCUCUACAUUAUCCACAAGCAGGCCCCCCCCGUGGAGGACAUAGCGCAGGACUGCAGCGCGGCCAUGCGCUCCUUCCUGGGCCGGGCGCUGGAGAGGAACCCGGCGCUGCGGAGCUCGGCGUCGGAGCUGCUGAAGGACGAGGCCAUCAACCCCCCCCGGGAGGACCAGCCGCGCUGCUGGAGCCUGGACUCGGCCCUGGAGGAGGCCACGCAGACGCUGCUGCGCCAGCAGAGCCAGCACCACGACACCACGCAGGAGUCUUCUCUGUACUCCGAAGGCUCCGGCCACGUCCGGAGGAAUGGCUCCCUGUACAUCGACCUGGGGGCUCUGUCGGGCUACUCCAAGCUGGUGACGGGACCCCCCGCUUCAGAAUACGGCUAACAACCAACACCAGUCAGAAAGUCACUGGCAAUGAUAGACUGCUAUUUUAAAACUUGCCUUUAACAUUUUGACAUGACUCUGUUGUUGUAAACUAGAAGGAUUGUUUAUUAGGGGGCAGCCCGGUGGUUUGGUGGUUAGCACUGUUACCUCACAGCAAGAAGGUUCCUGGUUCGACUCUCGGGCCCGGCAGGGUUUGCAUGUUCUCCCAUGCUUGCGUGGGUUCCCUCCAGGCAGUGUUGUGCAAGUUCCUACUUCUCAUGAACUAGUUCAAAGUUCAGUUCACAUAGUUUAAAAAUGAAUAGUUCACAUUCAUAGUUCACCAUUUUCAUUUUGAACUAGUUCAAAUUCAGUUCAUUUCAAUAUUUUUAGGUGAGAAGUACGAAUGAAACCCCCCCUAUCCUAAAACUGUUCACUACAAUAAUGUUUUCUCAGCGCAGGUGGACAUAAUUGUCACAGAAAGGUUAGAUUUUUACCGUCGGACUCUUUGGGAGACGAUGUGUAAAAUUCCCGCAGAUAAUGAUAAGGAUAAUCAUCUGCGUCUGCAUCGUCUCUCUGCAUUGUGGGUAAUGUAGUGUAAAGUUGUCGUCUCGUCGAGUAUUUUAAAUGUGGGCGCCGCCCGCUGGUGAAAUGAGAGGGAUUAUUCUGUAAUAAUUGGACCUAAACAGUGAAACUGAAACUCACAUAAUCUGAACAGUUAAAAUUCCAGUUCCUGAUCUGCAGAAUGAACAAGUUCACGUUCAAGUUCUCUAUUUGCAAAUAUGUUGCGUUCAGUUCAACGUUCUCACAGAAAUGAACGUGUUCAAUGAACGCAUUAAUUUGAACUCGUUCAUGCACAACACUGCUUCCAGGUACGGCUUCCUCCCACAGUCCAAAACAUGAAUAGUGGGUUAAUUGGUGAUUCUAAAUUGCCUGUAGGUGUGAAUGUGAGUGUGUCUGGUUGUUUGUCUGUAUAUGUGUUACUGUGAUGGACUGGUGUCCAGGGUGUAACCCCUGCCUCACCUGAAACUAGCUGGGAUAAACUCCAGCAGACCCCCGUGACCCUGCAAAGGACGAAGCGGGUAUAGAAAAUGGAUGGAUUCUUUAUUAGUCCUUUAUUAUUGCUAGUUGCCAAGUGUAUGGUUCCCAGUCCAAAGUCAACGCUUUUUUUCCUUUUGAUACCUGCAACCGGACUUCUGAGAUCAAACAUGGUCUUAAACACGGGAUCAACUUUGAGAGGAAGUGAAACUCACCAGCAACACAGUAGUGAUUUGUGAGGAAAUCUUUUUUUUUUUUUUUUUAUUAGGAUUUAAAAGGGUACAUCUCUUAUAUAUUACUGAUUAUAGAUCAUUCCCUUGCUGGGACAGCACUGCAGGACAGUGGUGGAGCAGCACACCUUAUAUAUGACCAGUUUAUGCUUUAUUCAAGGGUGGAACUACACAUGGAUGUUGUUUUCUUUCCUCGUGAAGUUGUUUGACAGAAAUAUUUGAUGUCUUAACGUGGAAGCUGUUUAAGUAUGUGUGCAUUACACAGACAUGUACUGCAUGAUUUCUGGUUCUUCGUGGACUUCCUUCUGUUAAUUCCUGUGGAAUACCAAUAUUGAUGUAAUGCUAUGCAAAUUAAACUUGUAAAUAACGCACGUGUGAUGUGUUUGGUGUCCACAAUGUGAAGCAGUUAAUGACGGGUUUACUUCUGUUUUCUGUGGUAUUAAGUGCAGAAAACACCCACGGCAGAACAAAUACUCCAUGUUGUUUGUCUGUAAUUUUCUAAAUGAUGAAGUUAAUGAGAAUAUUUGUGUAGGAUUUGACAACUUAAGUAAUAAAAA